AUGUCAGCCACGCACUCGUCUGACCUUGCGGUCAAACCCAUUCAACGAGUUGAUUCUGGCGAGACAGAUGAAUCACCCUUUGGAUCAAAUCUAGUAACACCUGAGGACGAAGACCCGUAUUCUAGCUUGGGGAUACACGAACGCCUGGAUGCUGCUAAUGCCGCCCUAGGCUACUUCGCCUCGAAGGACGUUCGCCCAGAAAUUAACCCGCCCUCCAUCGUCGUUCAAGCAAGCGAGACCGAGGAACACGCCAUUCAACCGUCGCCCAAUACACCACAGGCUCGGCAUCUGUUUGUCGAAGAACAAAUCCAUGUCGUAGAAAUACCUGCCGCGGAGAAACAGGACGGUUCGGAUGCAGUAUUCCCGACGUCUGAUUCAGAAGAAAGCAUGCUUUCAUCCGCUUCUGAAAGCAUACGUGCGAGGUCGAGGAGAGGAAGCAUUUAUACGCUGCCCAAUGACCAUAUAUUCGUCGCGGCUCCUCCAAACACCCCCGUUCCCAGUGCAGAAACACAAGAAGAUACUCAUGGUGGCAUAGACGAACCAGGCACCAGCGGAUUGGCAACCUUUUCCACCGUCAACAUGGAACGUCUCGUCAGGAACCUCGAUAUGCACUCCCUUUCUUCGCUCGCCCUCAAGGUCAUAUUUUUCGUACCUUGGUGCAUUGCCGUUGGUGGCUCUCUCGUCCUCGCACCCGAUCAUGUCGACUGCAUCGCCUUCGGUCUGGGAUAUCUUGAACCUCCACCAACUCCAAUCCAUCGCUUCUCUCACUGGGCGAACUAUGGCCUGCAAUAUGUCAGCAUCUUCCUAGCCCUUGUAGCAAUGAUCGUCUAUUCCUUCCCUUCGAGUGGUCUUGUCCUCUGCGGCGGAUUGCUCGCUCAGUUCUCCUGGGAAUGGCACGCUUUCUUAGCUGAUCGCACAAAGUCUUUGGGGUCUGAUGACCGUCAGACCGUGCAUCUGCUCGCGACGACCAUUUGGCUCAAGGGCGAUACACCCCAGAUCACGAAACGCGGGGAAGACUACUACUGCUUGGCAUGA